AUGUGCGUCGAGGGCACGCGCUGGAGCAGCCGCAAGCAGCAGUGGAGGCAGGGCGCGCGGUCGGAGCGGAGCGGGAGCCGCAGCGGGGCAGACGGCAGGCGCAGCCGGGCGCGGCCAGCGGGGCGAGCGCGCGUGCGGGCGGAUGCGGGCGAGCGCACGGGAGCGGGCGAGGGGCGUGGUGUCCGCAGCGACGGCGACCAGCAUGGUGCGGGGAAGAGGAGAAGGAGGGGGGCCUCACGGGGGUUCGUAGGGUUCGCGGGCAGUGGGGCGCGGGGAGGAGGUCGGGGACGCCGGCGACGCAGGGGAGGACGACGGUGCUGGCGUACCGGCGAGGUGGCCUUCGGCGACGGCGACGUGGUUCCGGCGAUGGGGUCGGGGCGGCCAUGGAUGGAGCGCGCGCGGAGCUCGGGGAAGACGACGCGGUGCAUGAGGGAGAGGAAGGAGGCCGGGAGGUGCGGCGCCGGCAAGGUGGUGUCGCGGAGGAGGAUGGAGGCGCCAUGGGGCGGCGACGGGCGCGAUGGUCGGGGCACCGUUGGCGUCGGGGACGCGGUCGUGGCCUGA